AUGUCUCUCCCAUUCGUCAAGUCCAUUGAGGACUGCGGCGAGUAUGCCAAAACAGUCCAACCUUACAUUCCGGAGCUCUAUGCUCUUCCUCGACAGAUUCUUGACAACAUUGCCAGUCCUGAUGGGCUGAGGCAGAUUUAUGUUGAUACAAACCCUCUCAUAUCAGGCUUUGCCAUUUCUAUUGCUCUCGGCUUUGUCUUCCUCGUUGUCUCCGAGAUCAACAGAAACUACUCUCAAGUUGAUCGAAUGUGGUCGAUUCUCCCAAACUUAUACGUCGUCCACCUCUCAGUCUGGGCGCGUUUUGCUGGUAUUCCUUCUUCGCGAGUUGACCUUAUUGCUGCUGCUACAACCCUUUGGAGUCAAUAUGUGCCCCGAUUUGUCUGGUUCCUCUUUAACGUCACCUUCAUUUCUUUCUACCAGAGCGUUCUGCUCUUCAGCUUCUCAUGCGUGCCUGCGUAUGCCAUUCUCUGUUCUACCAAGUUCGAGCAGGAUGUGACCUCUGCCGAUAUUGUCUUUGCUCUGAUCAUGGUCGGUCUCGUCUACAGCGAGUGGGUUAGCGAUGGUCAGCAGUGGGACUACCACGCGGCCAAGCAUCAGUACCAGGCCGAGGCCAAGGUCCCCAAGCAGUUCAAGUACUCCCAAGCGGAGCUUAACCGUGGCUUCAACACUUCUGGCCUCUGGGCUUACAGCAGACAUCCCAACUUUGCUGCAGAGCAAAUGAUUUGGUUUGUGCUAUACCAGUGGAGUUGCUUCGCAACCAAGAACAUGUACAGCUACACUUUCACCGGCGCUGCUGCCUUGAUCCUCCUCUUCCAGGGUUCAACUUGGCUCACUGAGCUCAUCACAGCUGGUAAGUAUACUGAGUAUCCCUCAUACCAGGAACAGGUUGGCAUGUUUUUGCCCAAGUCCCUUACCCCCUACAAGACUCCUGGGCCAAAGAUCAUUCGGACUAGCGAUAUUGCUAAGAGGAUGGAGAAUAAGAAGCAAGCUUAA